AUGAGUCAGGAAUAUUACCCUGCUGAGGGCUCUUCCUCCGGUGCUGCCUCGUCCAGAUUUCCUGGCGAGGAAGAGUUACCUGAGCAGAGCCCUUUUUUCCCUCCCCCACCGGCCUAUAUGACCGUCGGCAACGGCUCGACCUCCGACAGCGCCACGGCUCUAAUGACAUCCUUGAACCAAGAUUCUGGAUAUGGAGGCAGUAUUGCCGGCGAAAGCGCAAUGGAAGAAGACUCGAACGCGGCUUGGCGUGCAGGACUGAUGGAGGAUCGCCCGACACCAGUACAUACACCAACGCGUCCAGGAGAAUGGAACCCCGCUGCUGAGCAUGAAAAGCAAGUGGUUGCCAGUCAUGUCUCUCAACUUCUCUACAACUCGAACCGAACAAAACUCGGCCGCGCAAUCUCCCGGACUAUCGAUACCUUGAAGGAGCUCCAGGACAUGAACCGCCAAUGGCCUGCCCACUAUCCUUCCGUACAGAGCGCCUCUACUCCUCCUGCUGAUCGACCACCCUUGAACCACACCCAUUCAGAGUUCGGCGACGGCGAUAGGCCAACCACCCCGCCCCGCCCCGACUUGAGACGCGCAGCUACGACGAUGGGCAGUGAGGAUCUCGCAGAAUCCAGCGCCUCUGCCGAACGCCGGGCCCCAGCUGAGCCCAGGUUGAUGACCCCACAGAUUGCGCAAGAGUUCUCCAUCUUGAAACUUGACCUCAAGCUCGGUGCUCUCUCACAGGCAGAACUGGUCCACUCGUUGGAAAAGGCUUCAAUUGCUUCACUGCUGGAUGGGAAGAUUAGCCAAAGCAUGAAACAUCUUCUUUCACUGCGAGACAGGAUUGAAGACACAUCAAGCAAGGUCUUGAUUACAGGCGACUUGAACGCAGGCAAAUCGACGUUCUGCAAUGCUUUGCUGCGCCGAAAGGUCUUGCCUGAAGACCAGCAGCCCUGCACCAGCAUCUUCUGCGAAGUCCUCGAUGCUCGUGAGAACUGUGGAACUGAAGAGGUACACGCCGUCCACAAGGAUACGCCAUAUAACCGCAACGACGAAAGCACAUUUGACGUCUACUCUCUCGCCGAACUCGAGGACAUUGUCAUUGAGAAUACCAAGUACAUGCAGUGUAAGGUCUAUGUCAAGGAUGUACGGUCCAUCGAUGAAUCGCUACUUAACAACGGUGUCGUUGACAUCGCCUUGAUCGAUGCGCCUGGUCUCAACUCCGACUCGUUGAAGACCACUGCUGUUUUUGCUCGACAGGAGGAAAUCGAUGUUGUUGUUUUCGUUGUCUCAGCUGCAAACCAUUUCACGCUCUCUGCAAAGGAGUUCAUCCUGAAUGCUGCUCAUGAGAAGGCAUACAUCUUCAUGGUCGUCAACGGAUUCGACCAAAUCCGGGACAAGCAGCGUUGUGAACGCAUGAUCUUGGACCAGAUUGGCAAGCUCAGCCCUCGUACAUACAAGGAGUCUGCUGAGCUUGUUCACUUUGUUUCAAGCAAUGCCAUUCCAGUUGCACCCCCCGCUAUCUCCCAGUCAGGCUCUGGUGGUGGUGAUGGCGGUGGCUCUGAUCCCCAUGAUGACGACGAUGACAAGAAAGAUUCCAAAGAUAAGGGUAAGGGCAAAGAGCGCGAGAAGCUCCAGGACUUUGAGAAUCUCGAAGGAGCUUUGCGACGAUUUGUCCUCGAAAAGCGCUCUCGGUCUAAGCUUGCGCCUGCCAAAACCUAUCUUAUGAAUCUUCUGGCUGAUCUUACUUCCCUUGCCACUGUCAACCGCGAUGUUGCUCAAACAGAGCUCAAGCGAGUGACAGAUGAGCUUGCUCAAAUUGAGCCAGCUUUCGAGAGUGGCAAGAAGAAGAAGGUGGAGCUUGCAGAAGGCGUCAACAAAGCCAUAGAUGACUCGUGCGAUGAUGUCUACAACCACACUCGCUCAGCUUUGACCGAUACAAUCACCCGUGUAUCUGAUGUGGACCUCGGUGUCGAAUACCCUGGUCUUUUCUCGGUGUUCCAAUAUGCCGAGGACCUGAAGCUAGCAAUGUUGGACCAAAUCGCUUCAUCAGUUAACGAUUGUGAGGACUACGCUCGCGAGAAGACUGUUCAAGGAGUCGGUUUUAUCCAAAACAUUGGGUUGCUGCACAUCGGUGAAGAUAAGUUCAGCCCACUCAACUUCCGUGCCGACGCCAUGUUCCGCCGUGGUCGCCGCCACACAUUUGGUCGUCAAGUUGACACCGAGGUCGAACUAUGGGACUUCUUUGACGUCGCUGGUCUGUGGGAGCGCCAGGAGAAGAUGGCGGGUACAGGUGUGGCAAUGACUGCGGUCACUGUCUUGGGUGGCCGGGCACUGGGUGGAUUCAGCUGGGUGGACAGCGCCUUGAGUGCCGUCAAACUUAUCGGUCCGAACAACCUGCGCCGACUGUUCUUCCCCAGCAUUCUUGCUGCUGCUGUUUUGACAACCGCUUAUGUGCUCAAUUCUAUCCCGUCAACCCUUCCACCACGCCUCUCGCGGAAGAUUGCUGCAACGCUUGCCGAUAUGGACUAUAUUCAUUCAAACGCCAACCGUAUCUCGACUGAGGUUCGCCGCAUGCUGCGCAUGCCCGCUGGCAAUCUCCAAACUUCUCUUUCUCAAGAUCUGGAGGAUCUGGGCAGACGCAAGCAAGAGGUCACCAAAAUCAAGCAGGAGAGUGAUGUUGCCACCAAGUACUUCUCGAACCUGUUCCGGGAUAGCAGUGAGAACCGCCGAACUGUUGAAAAUCUGGAUCUCGAUGCUCCCCUGCCUGGCGGCAUGGCUGCAGCAAUGGAGGCUUAA